AUGACAGAUGUCAAGGCUUUUGAGGCUUUCUAUGAACAUUUGAGGUCACAGGGAAAGGGAGACCCGGAAUUGAGAAGCGAGGAGCUGGAAAAAGCUGUAAGAGAGAUGCUAAGAAAAGCAAAGAUAGUGAACUUUGAAGAGUAUAUACGAAGCUACAAAUAUAGGAGAAGGAUGAUGAGCAGGCUUCAGGAGACGAUGGUUUAUGGAAAAGGAGAUUCCAUGCUCUAUGCAUCGAAGGAGAUGUUCAGAAGCAGCAUGGAGCUUCUUGGGCAUUCUGGGCAGGUUGAUAGGAUAUGCUUUGAUCAGGGGAAUAGAUUUUUCAUGUCUGGAGGCUCUGAUGGAAUGAUUAAGCUUUGGGAUGUUUACUCAGGACUUUUGGUGCAUAGCUUUAUAGGCCACAGAAAUUUUGUAAGUGACCUUUGCAUCAGCAGUGAUGGAAAGAUUUUAGUUUCAUGUGACUCUCAUGGGCUGUUGAGUGCUUGGUCUCUAGAACGGUUUGAGGUACUCUUCCAGCUAGAACUUGGGUGUGAGAUCAUAUUCACCGAAUUCUUUGAUACGGGUGAUGGAUCUGCCUACAACCUGAUUGUCGUUUUGUCAAGAGGUAUUAUCAAGACGUAUAAGUUUGAAGGAGGUAGAGUUGUAUUUGAGUCUGAGAAUCUCUGUCUUCUUGAUGAGGCCAUAAAGGGGCUGUGUUUUACGGAUGGAGGAAGGUUUCUCCUAUGUAGCGGAUGGUGGCCAUUUCUUGUUGUCUUUGACACCCAGGGUUUUGAUGGAUGCAUAGUUCUUGAGACCAAUGGAAUGCCUGUGAAUACAAUAUGCGGGGCGAAGAAGGGGCUUAAAAUAGCUGCAGCAUGCGACACCCAGGUGUUCCAGUGGACGUUUUUUACAGAAGGAAAUCCUGGGAUGGGAAACUUCAAGAGAAGAACAAAGGACACAUCGUUACAGGGUCACUGGAAAAGAUCGAUCAUCAAAAUAGACAUCAGCGAGGGAGAAUUGGUUGAGAGAAUAUGCUAUCUUAGAGACAAUUUUCUUGUAUGUAUAUGCACAGACCUGAAGAUAAGAAUAUAUGCAGGGACAGAGCUUAGAUGCAUCAUAGAUACACCCGAGAUGGGGAUUGCAUAUCCACAUCCAUUAGAGAAUGUGUUUGCGCUGUGUGGAAGUAACUUAAGGAUGUAUAGUAUGGAAGGAUUGAUUUAUGAAGAGAUGCUAAGCUUUGGUAUCAAUGAUGCACAAUUUUCGAACGACGGGGAAUUCUUUGUAUUUGGAGACGAGAGAGGAGUUGUUCGGGUAAUUUCGAUGAAUUUUUUGCCAAAGCCUCCCAAGGAACAGUUUUUUCUAUCUGAUCUUGAUCAUCUCAACUCUACUGAAUGGAAUGGGGUUGUUAGAUGCAUGAAGGAAUCCACAUACGAGUCUGAUAGAAGGAGAAAUGAGGAUUGGUAUCAGGUAGAAUAUGUUGUUACAGGAAAGCAGAGCAGUUGCAUAGGGGUUGAGGACUUAGGAUCCAAGCAUUUUAUGAAGGACCUUAUCAAUCUCGAGUCGUUCCGAAGAAAGUAUAUGAAUGUACCACUUCCAGGAGAAUCUCAAACUGUGGAACAGGCAACGAUAUCUGAGGAUAGUAGUAGUCUGGUAGAGGACACAGAGAGUGAAUUAUCUGAGGAGUCUGUUGAUUAUACCAGCGAUGAGGAGAUGUCAGAGAAGAGCAUAGAGACACCACCUCUGAGGAGGUUCCUUAUUGAUAGUGAUGAGUCUUCAGGGAACAUCCCUGUGCUAAGGAGGAAUGCCCACGAUGGAGAAGAUGGAGGAUUAAGCCCUAUCGGGAUGGCAAGAAGAUUAAGAAGACAUAAUAGAACUAGAGCUGAUAGUGAAGAGGACAGGACGGAUGCCUUAGAUCUGGGGAGAAGGGGCACUAUAGACAGAACCAUUCUUUCUCAUUACGAAAGGCUGGAGGGUGCUAGUGAUAGGAGGAAAGAUGAGUUAGGAGAGAGUAGUGAUGAUAGGUAUAUGGGCGGGCUGGUUGAAGGAUUAGGAUAUAAUGAGCAAGAAUUAAGACAAUAUGUCCAAUCAUGGCUAUCAUCGCCAAGUAUGGGGCCUCAGCCAGGGGAUGAUGUUUACCUGGAUUCCGAAGGUCUUAGAGAAUUCCAGUUAUUUGACGGAAGAAAGAAGUUUGAGGGGCCUACAGGAGUAUGUUCUGGAUACUACGAAGUAAGAUCUCUUGAGGCUGUCAAGUACAAUCCUCCAUUCCUUAAAGUAGUACUUUGCCUUGGAGAAGAGAGCUUCUCUAUAAGAUAUUAUAGAUAUCCUGGGUCAUCGCCUGUAUUGUUACUGAAGGAACAGAUGAGUGUCAGUGCUGGGGAUUUCAUAAGCUUUGCAUUGAACGGAAUAAUAUCUCGAGGGAAAGUAUCUGGGGUUCGCGGUGUCCAUCUUGCUGUUGACUCUGGAGGAAGCUCUGUAUUAGUUGAGAGGUCGGAUGUGUUAGUUCCAAGGAUCCUAUUUCCUUCGAAUGUAAAGAUGGAGAUACUAAAGAUGAUCAGGCAGAAUAGGAUGCAUAGGGGCCUUUAUGUAACCUUGAGAAGAGAAUCUAAUGGAUCUUACUAUGAAAAUGUUGCCUCCACUGUCAACCUGGGGGUCAUUGAGGAGAAGAUUCAGAAUGAUCUAUACCGUACUGUUGGGGGAUUAGAGUUUGAUCUUGACAUUGCAAUCAGCAACUCGAUGUAUUUGGGGCCAGUACUCCACGGGCAUUGCCAGCAGGUUGUGAAUGGGAUCCGGAUGAUAGUGAGAAAUAUCUAA